UUGCCCUCCAAAUCAGCAUGGAAAUCAACAACUCAAUCACAAAGGACAUCCUACAGAUCCAGGGCUUCAACAUCUCCCCCCAGUUCACCUACCCUGUGGCCCUCCUGCUUCUCUUCGUCUACCUACUCAUCCUCGUCUCCAACAUCGGCGUGGUCACGCUAAUCGUCACCGAGAAAAGCCUGCACCAGCCAAUGUACAUGCUGUUCUGCAACCUGUCCGUGAACGACCUCAUAGGCAACACGGUGCUGCUUCCCCGGCUCAUGGUGGACAUCGUGUCCACCGAGAGACUCAUCACGUACAACCAGUGCGUGGCGCAGGCCUUCUGCAGCCACACCUUCGGCUCGGCCUCCCACCUCAUCCUGAUCAUCAUGGCGUUCGACCGCUACGUGGCCAUCUGCCACCCACUGAGGUACGGCUCCCUCAUGACCACCCGCACGGUGGCGUGGCUGUCCACCGCGGCGUGGGCCGUGUCCGUCCUGCUGGUGUCCGUGCUGAUCGGCCUGACGGUACGGCUGAGCCGCUGCCGCGCGCUAGUGCAGAAUGCCUACUGCGACAACGCCUCGCUGUUCAAGCUGUCGUGCGACGACGUGUCCGUCAACAACAUCUACGGGCUGUUCUUCACGGUGGCGCUGUUCAGCUCCUCCAUGUUCUGCAUAACGCUCACAUACUUCCGGAUAGCGUUGGCGUGCUGGAUGCGCAAGAACAAGGAGCUGAACAGCAAGGCCAUGCAGACGUGCGCCAGCCACCUGGUGCUUUACCUCAUCAUGCUGUGGUCGGGCUUCCUGACCAUCAUACUGCACCGCUUCCCCGACUACCCGGACCUCAGGAAGAUCGCCUACAUCCUGUUCCACGUCCUUCCCGCUAAUCUCAAUCCAGUUAUAUAUGCAAUUCAAACGAGGUCGUUGCGUGAUAAGAUACUGCAAGUGUUUGGCAGAAAGGUCACUCCAUCUUUUUAACAUGUUUUAUAAUGGGACGUUCCUUGUGGUUGUUUUUGUGUUGUGUUUCUAAUGUUAAAACAUUGGAGAUGAGGGGCAUUUGUGUGUGCUGAUAUUGUAAAUUGAUCAAGGACCCCGAUUGAUGAGGUGCUGAGUCCCAGACACAAGCACCUACCCCCUCACACACAUCAACAAUUACCAAGCAGAUAACCGAUCAAAAGUACAGCACAG